GAAGCCCUCACUAAAUCGGCGAUGUGAACCUCUCGCCAGAGAAACCACCGAUUGGGCAGCCCGCUCCACUAGGAACAUCUAUUUCUCGCUUGUGCUAUUGCGAGCCGAACCAUCGCAGGCGCCCCUCGCUCCUGCCGCCGGUCAUCUUCCCCGUCUCUAGCGGCUCCCAUCGCCAAAUCCAUCGCCCGGUGCCACCCCCGCCUGAUAGAAUGCCGCUCCCCACUCGAUCCCUGGCCCACUAGUUAUCAAGCCGCCGCCCCGCAACCCGUCACCACCACCGGGCUUUCCUUCCACCCCCUCCCCCUUUUCUUAAGCCGCCGGUGACAACUGCCCCCCCCCCCCCCCCCCCUCCCCAGCAACCACACCCUCCCGAAGUCCGGCCGCUAGAGCUCCGCGAGGAAGAGGCACAAUACGUGUGUGACGUCGCGAGCUCUACUCGCGCGCGAGGAAUAGAUUUCCCCCUUCUCUCCCUACUCUACUACCACCACCAGCAGCAGCAGACGUCAUCUGCUUGCGCGCAACUUCAUUUCCGCAGACUAUCCUUGAGAGGUCGUGAUCUCACACUCCUUGCCUCUUGUGGGAAGGUUAUUUCCUAUCUUCGCCCCCCCCCCCCCUCGAUCGACAGAGAUUACAGCCGGCCUGAAAUCCUCCGCACGAUGGCUGCUGCACAAUCUUCAUCUUGGUCAGACCUCCGGCCAGAACUUCUGGACCUUGUCCUCAAGCGAGUCCCCUCCCUCGCUGACCGUGUUCGAGUGCGAGCAGUGUGCCGGUCAUGGCGCAACAACGCUAAACUGCAACUCCUGCCUCCGCUUCCAUGCUGUCCCUCCUUGAUGGGACAUUCCUCAGCUUUCCGGGUGGUGAAAUUCACCGUAUGCCGGUACCAGGUGAUGCUCGUUACCAUGGAUCCUUCGACAAUUGGCUCUUCCUCGUGCACAGUGAUGGCAGGUGCUCGUUGAUGAACCCUUUCUCCAAGACUACGCUACAGCUUCCUAAGUUGGCCACUAUCUGGCCUUAUGAAAUGGGGAACCCUGCAGAACACCCAGUGUUCUUCAAGUUUGUUGGGCCAUCCUCCCUGGACAUGUCACCGGAUUCCCUGUUAGCUGCAAUGAUCGUCGACAGUCCUCAUCGCAGCAGGAUCUGCAUCUGCCAGCCCCCGGUUGCCACUGACAAACUGAGGAAGAACCAUUGGGACCACAUCGACGACGUCGCGUUCUUUGAUGGGAAGCUGUACGCCCUCAUUUCCGGGAAGCUCAUCGUCCUCGAGAUUGUCGAGAAGCACAAACGCCAGCCGAAGAUCUCAUCCAUCAAAUGCGUGUCUGACAACGUUUGCAACUUAACCAUUGCUGAUUCAUACGAUGGGAGGUACUUCUGCCCCUCUUGGGAGUACCUGGUCGAAUCUGCCGGUAGGCUGCUGCUUGUGGUCCGGAGGGUUGGCAUCCUGCGCCCUCUGCUGCCGGAGCGCAACGCGUUGCAGCAUGGGCGCACUCUCUCGUUCGAGGUGUUCGAGGUCGACCUGACCAGCAGCUCCUGCCGGCAAUGGACGAGAGUGAGCUCUUUGGCAGGCCAGGCGCUCUUCAUCGGCACGUACUCCAAGUCUGUCCCUGCAGCGGAAUGUGGCGGUUUACCUCAGGAGGACUGCAUCUACUUCACCUGCGACUACUCCAGAAGUUGCCGAGGUCCUCCUCCGGAUCCUCUCCGUGACUCCGGUGUGUUCAACAUGAGAACUCGGAUGGUCACGCCGCUGCUGCCGGAGACCACAGUGGUGCGGCGUGUUGCCCAGGGGUGCCCGACAUGGUUUUUCCCUUCCGGAGCUGUGUGAUCCGGAUUCCAUUCACCGUAGCAUGUGCUUUGGCUUUGUUGUUUCAGGAUUCUCGUGUGUGUGUACUUCUAGCUUGAAGCCUUGCUUGAUCUGCUUAAGUUUAUUUUGUUGCUUAUAUAUAUGGUGGUCACCAUUAAGUUAUUAAUUGUAGUAUUUUGUUGUCCAUUCAGAAUAAAUUUCAACAAGCAAGUUUGUAUGUACACACAUAUUAAGUUCAGUUUGCAUUCUGGACGGGUUUAGCUCUACAUAAAGUUCAGCUUUAUCUG